GUUGUAAAUGUAUAACAUAAUUAUCAUAUUUAUAUAAUCAUAUACAUAACAUAUAUAAGCAUAUAGUAGUAGUAGUAGUAGUAGUGGGUCUUAACUAUGUGCCUGCACACAGCCCGUCCGCUCGGUUCGAAGAAAAAAACUUCAGCUGAACGACCACUGCUUAAGUUAACUAAUACUAUACGAAGCAAACUAAAAGCUACAGUACAAUAUUGUAUAGAAGGUUGAUACGUAGACAGUGGGAGAUUGACGGAGGUCACGUUCAAAGAAACAAUAAUUAUAAUAAACAGUAGUACGAAAGGCUCACGUGAAUGAACAUUGAAAGUAAGUAGUGUAGAGGAUCAAUGAACGUUAACGUUAAUCCUCAUAUACAAUACUUGCAACUGCAUCAGUUGCAGCAACAAGGACAACAACAAGUCAAUUCUAGUGGUCAGUCACCUCAAGUGUCUCAGUUACAGUUACAGCAACAACAUUUGCAAAGACAGCAGCUUCUAAACCAUCAUUUACAGCAACAACAGCAACAGCAACAGCAACAGCUGCAACAACAACAGCUGCAACAAUUAGGAACUCCUAAUGCUCAAAAUGUAUCUAUAAAUCCUUUAUUAGCUGCAUUAAAUGGUUCUAAUGCAACUGCAUCUCAUACUGUAUCUGUUCCUGGAAAUGGAGUCAAUCUUUUACAGAUGCAAUUUAAUCAAUCACAGCAACAACAAUCUCAACCUCAAUCACAACAGCAUGCUCUUCAAUUCCAACAACUUCAACAGCAACAACAACAACAAUUACAAUCUCAUCAAGUUCCAACCCAACAUAUUCCUGAUCAAGUACCACUUGUAAAGGAAGUAUGGAAUCAGAACUUGGAAUACGAAUUCCAUUCCUUACGAACUUUUAUUAAUGAUAAUUCAUCUGAUAUAUAUAUUGCUAUUCAUCAAGAAAUACCUGGAAUAGUUGCAAGACCUGUAGGAUCAUUUAAAUCACCAUCAGAUUAUCAUUUUCAAACAUUAAGAACUAAUGCUGAUUUAUUAAAUCUUAUUCAAUUAUCAUUCUGUGUAACUAAAAUAAAAGAAAAUGAAAUUAGUUCAAGUGCUGUUUGGCAAUUUAAUUUCUUAUAUGAUCCAGAAAAGGAAAUGUUUAAUGAAGAACAUUUACAUAUGUUACAACAAACGUCUCAAAUUAAUUUCUCAUUACAUCAAACUCAAGGUAUUCCUCAUUUUUCAUUUGCUGAAUUAUUAAUAGAAAGUGGAUUACUUAUGGAUUCAAAUAUUAAUUGGGUUAGUUAUCAUGCUGGUUACGAUUUAGGAUUCUUUGUAAGUUUAUUACUUAACGAAUCUUUACCCAUGGAUGAACAAGAAUUUUAUUGGUUUUCAUCAAAAUAUUUCCCAAGUUUUUAUGAUUUAAAAUAUAUUGGUAGUCAAAUUUUAAAUAAACCAACUAAUGAUGAUAAUUCUAAAAAUAAUAAUAAACCUUCAAUUGAAUAUUUAGCUGAAGAAUUACAUUUAUUACCAAUAUCUCCAGCAAUUCGUCAACAUUUUGCAUCAUCAUCAUCUCCAUUACCAGGACAUCAACAACAAAUGACUUCAACUUUAAAUGCAUAUUUAUCAAUGGAAUGUUUUAAAGAACUUUUAAGACAAUCAUCAUUUGAUUCAUCAUUUUUUUCAAGAUUUAAAGGUUAUAUUUGGGGGUUAGGUCAUUUAAGUGGUAAUGGGAAUGGUACAACAAUAGUUGGAGCUGAUGAUAAUAUUAUACCUAAUGGAGGAACUCCUCAACCUUCAACUCCUGGUGGUAGUAAUAAAGGUGGAACUGUUCAUUUUGGUAGACCUCUCUAAUUAAUUUUUCAUUGUAAUUUAAUUUAUUUUUAUA